CGGGAACAAGUAGAGAAGUGAGGGAAAGUGUUGAGGGCAAAAGGAGAUUCUCGAUUUUCGAUUUUCAUGACUGUCUGAGCAUCAGAGAGGCCGAAAGGGGAAAGAGUAGAGAAGUAGAAGAGCUCGAGUUACUGAGCCAGCUGCGUCCGUCGCCGUCUCCUGGUUGCUGGCAGUUUGCUGCUGAAAAUAAAAAAAAAAGCAACCCGAAAGGAACCCAUUUCGGAACUGGGUUGAGUGGUUUAGUACUCGUUCCCGCUUGCGUUGUCAUUACUGGGGCGAAAAAGGGAGGGAGACGGAGGCUGAUAGGUUCGAGUUGGAAGUAUUAAAAAGGCUCUUUUGGAAACCUGAUUCUGGAAUUUUGCUGAGUCUUGUCACGUCGAGCUGAUGGGGUCUCUGGUUCAAACAUCCAAUUCCCCACUCAUUCCUAGGGUUCGCACUUCACAUCGCAUCCUUGACGAAGCUCGAGUUCAAUGUCGUUCAGGCGUGAGGUGUCGUUUGGUGGAGCCACUGAAGUUUGAGAAUGGGAAACCCUCCACCCCAGCCCUUCCGGCUGGCAAAGAUCCAAGCUUCUUAGCCAGGCCUCAACUAGGCAACAUUGUCUCUAGAAAGAAUGACACUAGGCUGCGGAUAUUCUCUGGCACAGCUAAUCCUUCUCUCUCUCAGGAAAUCGCAUGCUACAUGGGGUUGGAACUGGGGAAAAUUAACAUAAAGCGUUUUGCUGAUGGUGAGAUCUAUGUCCAACUGCAAGAGAGUGUGCGAGGCUGUGAUGUAUAUCUUGUGCAGCCCACUUGUCCUCCUGCAAAUGAGAAUCUUAUGGAGUUAUUGAUAAUGAUUGACGCUUGUCGGAGGGCAUCAGCCAAAAAUAUAACUGCAGUGAUUCCAUAUUUUGGUUAUGCUAGAGCUGAUAGAAAGCAGACUCAAGGGCGUGAAUCCAUAGCUGCCAAACUUGUGGCAAAUUUGAUUACAGAAGCAGGUGCUAACCGUGUUCUUGCUUGUGAUCUUCAUUCUGGGCAGUCCAUGGGUUAUUUUGACAUCCCUGUGGACCAUGUAUAUGGUCAGCCAGUGGUAUUAGAUUACCUUGCUAGCAAGAGAGUUUGUUCUGAUGACUUGGUGGUGGUAUCCCCUGAUGUUGGUGGUGUAGCAAGGGCACGUGCUUUCGCCAAGAAAUUAUCAGAUGCACCCCUCGCCAUCGUAGAUAAAAGGCGGCAUGGACACAAUGUUGCAGAGGUGAUGAACUUGAUAGGCGAUGUUAAGGGAAAAGUUGCAGUUAUGGUGGAUGACAUGAUUGAUACCGCAGGUGAGUUUGAGGAAUCAAGCUAAGCUGGUUUCCUUUUACUACCUAAUAAAUUUAUUUCCUAUCAUUAAGUCGAAAAAGCAUUUUGUUGCAUAAACCAUAAACAUAUGAUCUUCCCCUUCGUUUGUCCAGAAGUAGAUCUUGUUCUGCCUAGAACCCGCUUUUCAUUACUAUUGUUUUCCAUAUGAAGAGCUUACAACACAUGAAUGCUUCUUAUUGCAGGGACGAUAAGUAAAGGUGCAGCUCUCUUGCACCAAGAGGGAGCAAGGGAGGUAUAUGCCUGCACUACACAUGCUGUUUUCAGUCCACCUGCAAUCGAGAGGUUGUCGAGUGGUCUUUUCCAAGAGGUUAUCAUCACAAACACGAUCCCGGUGUUGGAGAAGAACUAUUUCCCUCAGCUCACUGUCUUGUCGGUGGCAAACCUCCUGGGAGAGACCAUCUGGCGAGUGCACGAUGAUUGCUCGGGUGGUUUUGAACCCUAUUCGAGCCUCGGCAUCGACUGACCCGAUCAAUCGAUAACGGUGCGGUGACAUACAUUGGGAGUCCAACAAUAUAGUUGGGGCAAAAUUGCUUUGCCCAUACUGUCUUCCAAGAGUAGAGAAGCUGCUGUAUGCUGCUGAGAACUGAAUGGAAUGGUGGUUGAAAAUCGACUAGCCUGUAGCCUUGGUUUUGGUUUAUGUGAUGUUGUCCCUUAGACUGCCCAGAGAGGCAACGGAAAGGAAGUGUUGUCUCUUGUAAGUUGUAAGCUGUAACCAUGAAAGCUACAGUGAGUGAGUGAGGUGUGUUUGUUUGUUGUACUAUCAUCACCAAACCAUAAAUGGAAGUGUAUAAACAAGGUAUGACAUGUAGUCCCAUAGAUGAGCAGAGAGAAUCAGUUGAUCUCAAUAUAUCUCAAUGUAGUUUAUGCUUUUACGCUUUGUAGGUCAUCUAAACGCUAACAGAUAGAAUCGUUUGUUUUUUCCUGUGAUUUGUGCAAUAACGUAGUCAAUAUCGCGGUUUGAAAUUUACA